AUGUUUAGAAUAAUUGCAAUAACUUGCACAUUAUUUCUCACUAUAAAACAUCAAGUUAAUCAGAACAGGUCAUCAUUAUCUCUUUUGCUUGCUGAAAACGUUUGUGUCAUUCAUCAGACUGCUGCUUUCCACUUCUGCAAAUGUCGUGAUCAAGGAAAAGAUGUUUGCAAUUGUAAUAAAGAUAUUUUGUCACCACGACCAUAUCCAAUUCAACUCCCACGCAUUCCAAAACAUCAACCAAUUAAGAUUUGCAAGGAACAAAUUUUAACUCCGCCGGGACCAAAACAUUUCAGCCCAAUCAGCGAUCCAUGCAAUUGUGGUCAUAAACUUGUCAAACCAGCACCAUUGCCAAGACACAAACCAAAUUGUCAACACCAACCACAGCCGACUCCUGACUAUCCACCACCACCACCUCCACCACCAACUUGUUCUUGUCAUAAUAAAGAUUGUGGUCAUGCCGUAAGAGCGCCAGAUCACUAUCAGAAUUUCGGCCACGAUGACGCAACAAUUUACUUUGAAACUUCCAAACCAAAAGCUUCACAUGCACCAGCAAAGCCAAAAUAUGUCCCAGCUGAUAUUGUCAGUAUUUCCAUUGCUAACCAAUUGGCGAAAACAGCAAAAUUAGGAAUAUCUGAAAGAAAUCUUCAAUAUGGAUCACUCAAGGAACCAACAGUUCAAUUUAAAUCAACUAAGAAGCACAGCAUUAAUGAAGAAUCUUUCUAUGACACAAAAGGAAGCAUUCUCGAAAUUAAGCCGCACAUUUUCAAACAUGAAGUUGUUUCUUCAGAAGAGGUCAGCGAAGAAGAGAAGCCAAAUCCGAAGUCAUCUCAUGUGUUCAACCCAGCACAUUUAAGUUACGAUCAAAUCGGUUAUAAACCUUACGAUCCAGCUGGUCAACAACGUUAUGUUGUAGUUCGAAACUCAGAAGUUGUUAAACAUGAUUGCAAUCGGCCUUCAUCUCCAAAGUUUCAUCAUCACAAAAAGGAAUCGUCUUGCGGUUGCCACAAAGAUUUACUCAUCGAUCAAGCAAACUUUAGCGAACAUGAAUCAUUCAGUCAUGAAUUUGGACAAGAUCAUUGGGGAGGAAAAUUCACCACAUAA